AGGGUUUUUUUGAUUGGUAAAGAGAUUAGGUCUUGUUCUUUCUCUUUUUCUUCCACCUCUAAUGGGGUUUCAAAUAUAAAUCAGAUCUUUGUCCCCUUAAUUUUCUGAGAAUCUUCUCUGUGUAAGGAAGUAUUUGAGUUUAUAGUUCAUUUCUUUGAAGGUUAAAUUCGUUUAAGUAAAAUGCCAAGGCCUGGAACAACGCUUGGAGGUGAAGGUCAGUUAAUUGGCAAAAUUAGUGGAGACCUGGUUCAGUUAAUCAAGAAGAAGCAUGGGUAUGGAGAAGUAUCUGAUGGUGUCUUAAUCAAAUCUGAAGAAAAAGUGGUAGUUAUCAAACUUGGAGUACAGGAUGUUCGUAAGCGUCUCCAAUAUAUUUUCGGCACUAAUAUAUUGAACUAUAUUGGACGCAUCGAUCCUUCUGCUCUCAAUAACAACCAGGUAUGUUUGGUAAGCGAAACAUAUACUUGUAAUCUUUUAGAAUGGAAAUCCUACUGCGAUGGUGGGAAACAGUCUGUAAUAAAUGCAGGGUUACCAAUGUUAGAAGAGGCUUUAGUACUGAGUUUUGUGUCUAAUCAAACUCGAUUCCAGAAUAAUAGAAGGUCCACAAAAUUUGGUUUGAAGCUUAUAAGAGAGGUGACCCCUGGCCUAGAAACCUAUAUACAGGAAAAGCUGGAGGUAUCAGAUGACCCACACAAACAGGGAAACAUAAACGUAUCAGAUCUCAAUCCUGCAAACAUGAAGUAUGUGGAUCCUAAUCUUUUUAUUUUUAAAUUAAUGGUAACCGAGAUUGAUUCAAAUAUCACUGAUACUGAUGUCAGAAAAGGUUAUGUCAGCUUUAUAGAGUAUGUUUUGCUUGAUGGAGGGAAUGAAAAUGUCAAUCCUGUACUUGAUGAUCUAUUUAGAGUUCUCCGGGGACAACCUCAAACUCCCGGGGCUCCUUAUGAAGCUUCUGAUUGGGAAUUAGUAUCUAAUACACAGCGAGUAUUAUUUGAUAGAUUCCCAACAUAUUUACUAAAGCACCCAUACGAUUGGAUUCCAAAUAAAGGUCUCCGGUUUUCCACGAUAUGAGUUAUAUCAUUGGCCUGGUUGGUGGGUAUGCUACUUCAUCAUAUUUAGUUAAACUCAAAGUGCAAAAAUUUGUGGCUCAGAUGGAUAAAAUUGAUGUCAACGGUCCCACAUUUUAUUUUUGGGGUGAUGUCUUAGCCACUAGAUCUCAAGCAUUAGCGACAUUAGCAUCCACAGCUCCUCCUGGUGGACUCGCUUAUGAUCAAAGACGUGCAGUGCAUCUAAUCCGUUUCCAGAGCAACCAGCUGGAGCAUUUUAAUAAACUCAAUGGGAAGGCUCAGGGGGACUUGGGGAAUAGCAUUGAAUCUUUUUUUUGCUUCUUUGACGAUCUCUUCCCGCAUCUGUUGAUCCAGACCUAUCGAGUAUUCCAGAUUAAUUAUUCAGAUAUACGAGCAGCAUACCCAAAUGACCCCACUGUUCAAGGUGCUGCAGAGUACCUUUGAAUGGGUAGUCAAAUCUGAUAGUUCGGUUUUCCUACCUCUGGUUGGCUCAUAUUCUGGUUGGCUCGGAUUUUGGUUGCAAUUACUUUCUUGUCUUUUCAUUCCGAACUUUUAUUGUCAGAAUGGGUGAAAUGAUAUGCGUACAACUUCUACGUAUUUUGUAAUUGAACCCUUUAUUAGGUUUAUAUUGAGGUGCUCGUAGAUUCGUUUCUGAUUUGGACAGAUGGGUUGUUGUUUCUUUAAUAGAAGCAAUGAGCUUCCAGGGAAUCGAUUUCAAUUCAGUAAUAACCAUAGCCUACUCACCAUCAAUGCCUCGCUGCAAUCUUUUCUUCUUUCUGCUGAAAUACAAACUUGCAUCAAUCAAUUAAUGAGUUGUCUCCUC